AAGGACGUACGGUCUAGGUUCUGGGCGACAUACAGCCAAGUUGCCAAAGAGCACGAUGACGAAUUUUUAGAGCGGAACAACAGCGACAUGGACAUCGUACUCAUUUUCUCCGGUCUUUUCUCCGCUAUUAAUACCGCGUUUAUCAUUGCCAUGCAGCCCAAUUCCACGACCCCCUUAUUGUUGCAGAUCGUUCAAAAUACCUCCCCAAAUAAUUCCGUCACAUCUUCCACUACAUCAGGUGCAAACUCGUCCAAUGGCACAUGGUUUCAGGGCUUGGCAUAUGUUGCAUUGUCGUUCAGCCUUCUGGCUGCUUUCGGGGCUGUGCUCGGCAAACAAUGG